AUGAAGGCGCGAUUUUUAGCCGUGGCAACAGUAUCUGCCAUCACGUACGGUAUCCUCGCCUCUGCGGCGCCGGUGCAAUACUGCCCGACACAGGAUAUCUGCUACCAGGUAGCAGUGCCGGAGGCCUCGGCCUCCUCCAACACUGGUAACAUAUAUCUGCAAUUGCGCGCGCCGUCGUCGUACUCGUGGAUCGCGUUGGGUACGGGGACGAGGAUGGCGGGCGCCAACAUGUUUGUCAUAUACGCGAAUGGCCGCGGAAACGUCACAGCCUCACCACGCUUGGGCACCGGGCACGCCAUGCCCCGCUACGACAGUGCCACGCAGCUCGAGCUCCUCGGGGGUAGCAGUACCAGCAACGGUAGGAUGGUGGCCAACAUGCGUUGCGGGAACUGCGGCUCCUGGUCCGGAGGCUCGAUGAGCCUGUCGGGAGACGCGACGGAUUGGAUCGCGGCAUGGAAGGAGGGCGAUGCCAUAAACAGUGCCGACCCGGCAGCCGGCAUCCAGUAUCACGAUGACCACAGCGAGUGGCAAUUUGACCUCACGCAGGGCACCGUGGCCAGCGACGCGAAUCCCUUCGGAACAGGACAGCAGGCUGACAGCAGUAACCGGGGCAUCGCGGGGAAACGCAACCCGGUUGACCCUCGGGUGCUGAUCAUGAGCCACGGUAUCCUCAUGGCUAUAGUCAUGGUCAUCUUAUUCCCCCUAGGCUCUGCAAUUAUGCCCCUGUUCGGUAGCUGGAUACCGCACGCCUUCUGGCAGUUUAUCUCGUUCCUGUUGAUGUGGGCCGGCUUUGCGGUGGGCGUUGUCAGCUCACAGGAAAUUCAGCUGGAUUUGACCUCGAGCCACACGAGCUUCGGAACGGCGGUGGUUUGCCUGAUGACGCUACAGCCAGGCCUAGGCUACUUGCACCACAGAUAUUUCGUCCAGAAUCAGAAGCGGGGCCCGAUCUCUCACGCCCACAUCUGGUACGGACGAGCGCUUAUGAUUAUGGGGGUGGUCAACGGCGGGCUCGGCAUAGCUCUUGCGGGGAAUCAGAGGACGUUCGUAAUCGCAUACUCAACGGUGGCCGGGGUCAUGUUCGUGAUCUACGGGGCCGACUUCGUACAAGAGCUCUACCUAAAGGAGCUCAAAUCGUACAAACCGCCACCGGUCAAGGAGUCCGACUCGGUAGGCCAGGUACAGACUUUCUCUGCCCCGAAGGCGCCCAAGUCACCCGAGGAGGCCGACCUUGCCAACAGCCUGAAGGAGUACGAGAACAUGGUUGUCGAGGUCGAGGGCACUGACCCGGCCGCCGCCGGCUCGUCCACCCCUGCCGCCGUCGAGGACUGGCUGGUGCUGGAGGACGACGAGGAGGAGGGCGCUCACCAUUAA